AUGGCAGACGACGGCGUCGACCUCAAAGCCGCCUCGGAGGCGGCUGUGGCCAAGUUUCAGCUUGAGCGAGUUCUCAAUCAAGACCAAGCUGGUCGCCGCACGUCCAUGGUCGGCACAGUUGACGGCCAACGCGCGCUGCUCGUCGUCGAGCGCGCUCCUUUUCCGACGUCAGAGGCCCAUCUCGGGCGGCUGCCGGGUUCGCUCGCGCGGCUGCAGAACCUGGGCGCCAACGACGUCUACAGCUGGCACAUGGCGCGGACGGGCGCGGACGAGACGGGAGGAAAGGGCGAAUUCUACCCGGACCUCAAGAUUAACCUCAUCUACCCGUGCACGGAGGCGCACGUCAAGAAAUACAGCAAGCAGGGGGUGCGGUUCGUGACGGAGACGCCGGCGCUGUACCGGGACAAGAUCCGGCCGUACAUGCAGAGCAAGCGGGAGCAGGGGCGGCUGAACUGGGUCUUCAACAUCAUUGAGGGGACCAAGGAGGCCGAGGACGUCAUCUACAGGACGCCGCUGGGGGCGGCGGGCGACGAGGGGUUCCUGCUGCUGCCGGACCUCAACUGGGACCGGACGACGCUGGACGCGCUGCACCUGCUGGCGCUGGUCGAGCGGCGGGACCUGUGGUCGCUGCGGGACCUCAAGAAGAAGCACGUGGGUUGGCUGCGGCACAUGAGGGCAAAGGUGACAGACGCGACGGUGGCGGCAUAUCCUAGCAUUGAGAGGGACCAGCUAAAACUCUAUGUACACUAUCAGCCUACGUACUACCACCUGCACAUCCACAUUGUGCACGCGGCGCUCGAGGCGGGCGCGACGCAGGCGACAGGCAAGGCGGUAGGCCUGGACAGCAUCAUCGAGACGCUCGAGGUCAUGGCGGGGGGCGACGAGGCGGGCAUGGAUGCGGUGAGCCUGACGUACACGCUGGGGGAGGCAAGCGAGCUGUGGACGCAGGUGUACGAGCCGCUCAAGACUGCGGCUGCGGCUGCGGAUGCUACUACUGCUGCCGGGACAGCUUCUCCACGCUCAAAACAAGAUCGUUGA